AUGUCCGCUACACUCAGUUCCACUCGCUCUACUCCUCUCACCUUGCAAGGAAAGGUCGCCAUCAUUACUGGUGCUUCCCGGGGAAUUGGAGCUGGUAUAGCACUAGAAUUGGCGCGUAGAGGCGCAAAGGUCGCGCUUGUUUACACAUCCCCCAGUAGUGAGGAAAAGGCCAAGACGAUCGCGUCCGACAUAUCAGCUUUAAAAAAUGGUAGCAAAGCACACAUCAUCCGAGCAGAUCUCAAAGAACUUGAGGCUCCUACAGCUAUCGUUGCGUCAACCAGGGAAGCAUUCGGCGACAAGAUUGACGUCCUGAUCAACAAUGCCGGUGUACUUUGGGCAAAUCCCAUUGGGGGGACAACCCUUGAAGACUACACGGGAAUGUUCGACAUCAAUGUUCGCGUACCACUAUUUUUGACUAAGGCUGUGGUUCCUCAUCUUCGUAAACCUGGACGAAUCAUUAACAUAUCAUCCGCUGGUUCGCGCGCCGGCCCACCCAACCUUUCCAUCUAUGCCGCGUCGAAAGCAGCCGUCGAAGGCUUGACAAGAAGUCUUGCACAUGAACUAGGAGAUGAGGGCCAUACUGUUAACUGUGUUUCUCCUGGCUCGGUAGAGUCAGACAUGCUGGAAAACCUUCCAGAAGAAUCGAGAGAUUAUGUGUUGAAAGGCACGGCAGUAGAGCAUCGUGUGGGAACUGCAGAUGAUAUCGCGCAGGUUGUAUGCUGGAUAGCAAGUGAAGACUCAAAGUGGAUCUCGGGACAAACGAUAUCGGCUUCAGGUGGUUUCAUGAUGUUGUAG